AUGUCCCAGCAAGAAGAAAAGGACCAAUAUAUUGACCCGAACGAAGUUCAGGAGGUGGUCGAAGAGACCGGAGAUGCUGAACCUAUUGAAGAGGACGACGAGGUAGACGAGGUCAACCCCGAUGGAAUGGAACAAGACGACGACGACGACGGCGAGGACACUAUCGAGAUCGACAUGUCCAACAACUCGAGCGGUUAUUUUGACACGCACACAGACUCCGUUUUCACGGUUUUUUCGCACCCUACACUGCCGUUGGUGGUGUCUGGAGGAGCAGACAACACGGCCUAUCUGUGGACCACACAUACUCAAGAGCCUAAGAUCGUUGCUGAGUUGAAGGGCCAUGGGGAGUCGGUGAUAGCUGGAGGAUUUACUGGAGAUGGUGCCUAUGUGAUAACCGGUGAUAUGGCCGGAAAGGUCAAUGUCUACAAGUCUUUCAAGAGAGGUCAGAAGUGGGAGCCAUACGGUUCUGUCGAGCAAGUAGAGGAGGUGACCUGGAUCAAAGUGCAUCCUAAGCAGCCAUUUUUUGCCUUUGGAGGAGCUGAUGGUUCAGUAUGGUGUUAUCAGAUUGAGCCCUCUUUGGAACAGGUGUUUUCUGGUUUCUCUCACCAGGCGGACUGUACGAACGGCGAGUUUGUGAAUGUUGAUGACCUGGACAGUCUGGAUCUGGUGUCUGUUUCUGAGGAUGGUUCUAUCAUCUCGUGGAACUGUUAUACAGGUCAAGCGAACUACAAAAUUGCACAAGAACAGUUUAAAGGACAAACACCCGCGUGGGUCAACAUAGCUGUUCACGAGACUGCCUUUGCGGUGACCUCAAGGGACGCCCAGGUUGCCGUGUUGAACGUGCAGACCGGCUCCAUAAUAACUGUAUUCAAGGCAGUUGACAUGAACUCCUUCAACGAUGAGCUCGAUGCUAGUAUCGAGGCAAUCUCGUGGUGUUCUUUGUCCAACCUGAGUCUGAUGGCUGUUGGCUUAGUGAGCGGUGACGUUGUCAUCUUCGACACAAACACCUGGAGACCAAGAAGAAACAUCAAGGUGGGUGAUGCAGUCACUAAACUGUUCUUCAUUCCGCAAACUCCGUACUUGGUUGGUGCUACUAUAGAGGGAAAGAUCUACAAGUGGGAUGCCAGGACUGGUGAGGAGCUGUUCGUGGGUGUUGGACACCACAUGGGAGUCUUGGAUUUUGCCGUCCAAGAGGGAGGAAAUAGACUAAUUACUGCUGGAGACGAGGGUGUCAGUCUGAUAUUUAACAUUUAG